AUCCAAAUGGCCUCUGUGGAGGUUGCGGAAGCUCAAAGCACUCAAUUUGAAUCGGAUAACGAAGAGGGUCGUUGUACACCAUCGCCUGAAGUUAAGAAAAGAAGAGUCUCCAUUUCUUGUAUGCAGUCAGAUGUCAUGAAAGGAAGUGAAGCGGAUUAUGGAGAUUUUGUUCUUGAUAGAACCGAGUCAGUCACUUUGGAGAUUGACGAUGUCAGAGCCUUGGAUAGUGCUUCGUCAAGCAUGGACAGUUCGCAGUGGAAAGAUAAGGUACUCGCAUCGCUUUUGACGGGUCAAGAGGAGCAAAAUGGCAGCCCAGAUGCUAAGAAAACUACACCAAAAAGAAAUAAUGGGUGUUUCAACUGUGAUGGAAACCAUCACUUGAACGAGUGUCCUGAACCAAAAGACUUCAAGAAAAUCAGGCAGCGUCAGACUGAAAUGCGCAAUAGAAGCAACAAUACUCCGAGAUACCUUGACAGUCAAUCAACAGAGAAGAAAUUUCGUGCUGGUCGCAUAAGCGACAAUUUGAGGAAAGCUCUUGGUAUAGGUCACCAUGACAUUCCAGAAUAUGUUUAUCGUAUGCGUAGGAUGGGUUUUAUCCGUGGAUAUCCUCCUGGCUACUUGAGAAAGGCUAUCGAUCGGGAUGACUCUAAUGACGUGUUGAAAUUCCACAUGGUAGACGAAAUGGCCACUGAUUCCGACGAGAUAGUUGAGCGCCCUGAUUCUCCACCACCUAAAAUAAAUGCUGAUAAGAUGAUCUAUUAUUGCGGCUUCAAUCAGACUUAUCGUGAUUUGAGAGAUGUCAGUGCAAUGCAAGUUUCUUGA